AUGGAAUUCCAGUCGUCUGAUAAGAAGAAGAGAGAAAUGACAGAAAUCAUCAAAUGUUUUAUAACACACGGAUGGUCCAUCAAUGAUGUUAUCACUUAUUUCUCAUCAUUUGUUGACGACUCGAUUUUUAAUGCUCUGAUGGUUGAGAAAUUCGAUGAUAUUAUUGUGGAUUUGUACAAAAACAAAAACGUAGAAUCGCACGACAUGGGUCUCUAUAUCCUUAUCAACAUAAUAGAAAAUGUGUUUCGAAUUGUGGCGACGAAUAAGGAUGAAAAUCCUCAAAAAUACAAGAACGCAACAAUUUUCUUGUUGUUUGUGGAAACUAUUGUGCAAAUUUGUGAUGAGCGAUCCGACUGA